UUCUUUUCUAAAUAACCUAAAAGUCUAGUGGCAAAUUGGUAAUCAAAAUCCUUUAUAAAUCUCACAAACAAACCUCAAUAGAAACAUAAGCCAAUAAAAAAUGGUGACCCUUCUUCAAGUUUUCUCCACUACUACUACAAAAUCACCAUCUUCUUCUUCUACCUUAAGCACUGUGAAGAUCAAAACCCUAAUCCACACUAUUAUAAUCUCACACGUGUGCCGGAUCGUUCGAGCUUUAUCGAAAGCAAAAGCCAUAAUUAUUCAGAUUUUCAAAGAAAACCAACCCAUAAACUUCACUUACCAUACAAAAAGAAAACAUAAAGCAAGAAAAAUAUUAUUUGGAUCAUUUAGGUUACAUUAUAACUGGUGUUCUUCACAUGUUAUACCAGUUUCAGCACCGGUUCUUAAUGGUAUUUCUUCUAAAUCUCAUUUAUUUUAUGAUUCAACGUGGAAAUCCAUAGAAAAUAACGAAUCAUCCUCUGCUGAGCUUUCUGGGUACCUCCAUUGGCUAGAACAGAAGAAGUUGAAUCAAGAAAAGAAUAAUUGUUGUAAUAACAAUGGAGGAAAAGACGACGAGGAAGACGACGACGAGGAAGACGACGACGACGAUGAUGUUGGUAAUGAGAUAGAUCAGUUGGCAGAUAUGUUUAUUGCAGAUUGUCAUGAAAAGUUUAAGUUAGAGAAGCAAGAAUCAUAUAGGAGAUUCCAAGAAAUGAUGGCUAGAAGCAUGUGAAUAUUUACCGACAGCCGGAUCCGCCGGUGACAUUUUGUAUUUUAGUCGGGGUGGAACUAAGGUGCAGAUGGACAACCGGCAACUGCUACCGGUCCUCACUCAUCG